AAAUUAGGGCCCAAACGGUGGCUUAUUCGGAGGAUCAUCCAGGGCCGGCGCAACCCUUAUUCUUAAAAACCUUCGACUCCCAUCUUUUUCCUUCUUCUUCUUCUCCGUUCUUCGCCGCUUCUUCUCCUCCUCGAAUUCAUCCCUCUCAAGUGUACUCGUUUAGCCUCCUCCUCCCUCUAAUGGCGACCCGUCUUCAGUUUGAGAACAACUGUGAAGUUGGUGUCUUUUCCAAACUUACUAAUGCCUAUUGCUUAGUCGCUAUAGGAGGCUCUGAGAACUUUUACAGUGCUUUUGAGUCUGAGUUAGCAGAUGUUAUCCCUAUCGUUAAGACCUCUAUUGGAGGAACACGAAUUAUUGGGCGUCUUUGUGCUGGAAACAAGAAUGGGCUUCUUGUCCCCCAUACAACUACUGACCAAGAGCUUCAACACUUGAGGAAUAGUCUACCUGAUCGAGUGGUGGUCCAGCGAAUUGAUGAACGUCUGUCUGCUCUUGGAAACUGCAUUGCCUGCAAUGAUCAUGUCGCUCUUGCUCACACUGAUCUUGAUAAGGAAACAGAAGAAAUAAUUGCGGAUGUUCUUGGCGUUGAAGUUUUCCGUCAGACAAUUGCAGGCAACAUUCUUGUGGGCAGUUACUGCGCCCUAUCCAACAGAGGUGGAAUGGUUCAUCCUCACACCUCAGUAGAAGACUUGGAUGAACUCUCAACUCUUCUUCAAGUCCCUCUCGUUGCUGGAACCGUUAACCGUGGUAGUGAAGUUAUAGCUGCGGGUAUGACCGUGAAUGACUGGACUUCCUUCUGUGGUUCAGACACAACCGCAACAGAGCUCUCUGUUAUAGACAGCAUCUUCAAGCUAAGGGAAGCCCAACCCAGCUCUAUCGUCGAUGAGAUGAGGAAGUCAUUGAUCGAUACCUAUGUUUAAAUUUUUUGUUUUUGUUUGGAUGAGACACACACAACAACAUCCCCAAGUGUCAAUGUCAGAGAUUUUCAUACUCUACUGUUGCAAGAAUUAGCUGUUUUUCUUAUAUUUUUGUGUGGUUUUAACAGUUUAGAAGUAAUCUGUUGAUGUCUCUUUGAAUCCUUCUAAAGUAAUUUAAUAAGAAAAUUCUCGUUGAAAUUA